AUGGAUCUUCACGGACAGUUCCGGCAUAAAUCUGGACCACGGACAAGCAUCCGAAGCUUCGUAACAUCAUUGCUAAUGGUGGAAGCCCUCUCGUUUCGAUCCGCCCUCAACCACGCGCUAGAGAUCGGAAUCACAACCAUCCACCUCAAAUCAGACGCUCGAGACCUCGUCCGAGCUAUCAACAUGCAAGAGCAAAUCGCAGAGAUCUAUGGGAUCCUCUUCGAUGUUAAAACUCUCGCCUCAAUGUUCUCCUCUAUCUCUUUCAGUUUCAUUUCGCGAUCUGAGAACGAUAAGGCAGAUUUACUCGCAAAGAAUGCGAAAAGUCGACCCUACAGUACAAGUGUAACCGGUGACAUUUAA